AAUGGGUGGGUGAGGAGCAGGUAAUAUGGCAUAUAAAUGAGAGCUCUAUCAUCAGUCAAAAGCUGUGUCCUCUACAACACGCAAGACAUUCCUGCAUUUACGGAACAUUAACUUGCUUCCUCAGUGAAAAAAAGAGAAGAAAAAUGGCAAAUGGAAGUCACAUAACAAAGCUCAAUGUCUCCACAAAUGACGAUGAGGAGCAAAUACUUAGAGCUAAUAAUUAUCUUUUCAUCAAUACUGACCUCAAUGGAGGUACUGGGAAAAACCGGGUCUUUCUUUGGUACAAGAAAGAGUGCGGCAUGAAUCCUGUGACAAGGAUCCAGUUUUCGUUCAAUGAUAGCAUGAAGUCCGGUCUGGAUGAUGCUGCAUAUGAGCUGGUGGACAAGAAUCUGAAUGUUGGCACUCGUGGAGAUCCCAUCUAUCUGUGGUACUUCUAUGGCAACGGCGAAUCUGACAUUCCCAUUGUAGACGUGAAAGUAAGCAAAGAUGCUGAAGAAGAACCUGCUUUCCUGCACGACGGCUGGGAGAGACUGGGCUGUGAUCUGAACCGUAACGCAGGAGGAAACUUCAUCUACCUGUGGGUGAAGAGAGAGAAGCCCAGCUACAUCUGUGAGAUCACAGCCACCGUUGACUCCACUUCUGACAAAAGCCUGUUUGAGCAGGGCUUCACCCGUGUGGAUGAAGACACCAAUCGUGGUGCUACUGGGGCAACAACAGUCUUUCUCUGGUAUCGCCGCCUUCCUGAUGUGAGCAGGACUCUCACUGCUUUCAAUGUCUCCACCAGCUCCCACGACGAAACACUGACUGCGAAAGAAGGCUUCGAUAAACUCGAUGUCAAUCUCAACCAAGGAACCAGUGGAAAAAAGGUCUUCGCUUGGUACACAAACAAAGGAUGUGAAGCGCAGAUCAAAAACAUGGUUCUGCUGGUCAACCCUGGGGCCUGGAUCACAUACCAGAAAGCUGGGGUCAACUUUAUCAACAAAAAUCUGAAUGAGGGCAACAACGGCAGGAAAAUGUACCUAGCCUACAAAUAGUGCUGUGGCUUAAAUAAGCAAAUUGGUGCACAAUCCAUGGAAAUUGUAAUGCAUGAAUACAAAAUUGUAAUACAUGAAUACAAAAAUCAUACUUUAAAAUUAUAUUGUGAUUGAAUACCCUUAAUGUUGAUUUACAAUCAAGCACACAAUUGUCUUGAGUUUUUGUUAUAAAUCAUAAU